UCGCAUCAAAAUUUCCAAAAUGAUGGGCAACAGUGAACAGCAACAACAACGCCAGCUGCAACAGCAAUACACAUUAACUACUGGUCUACCGCCACUGCCAAAAAGUCUGAGCGCCGCUGCCGCUGGCACUUCUAUGGGACCGGAGCUGGCGAGUGGCAGCGCGCUUGGUCAAGGCCAGGCGCAGGUGCGCUCUCACACAUCCUCACCGCAGCAACUGCAACCGAACACGUCCGUUGCCGCAGUGACCGCUGCGACGGGCGAUCUGUACCUGGGGCCAUCGACCUCCUCGGCUGCAGCGGCAGCAACGCGCAAUCGCAACUACAACGGUCAUGGACGACAUGGCAGCUUGUCAUCCACACAGGAGUCGCUAAGUGAUCGUGAGAGUGUGCAUAGUCGGGCCUCGUCUACGCACAGCGCGGGCGGAGGCGCAGCCCAGCACCAUCAGCCGGCCGCGAAUGGCAGCAAUAAUGCGUCGAGCACCAUCGACAACCAGCUGGCCAUACUGCGCCGCGAAAUGUACGGCUUGCGGCAGCUGGACUUGUCGCUGCUGUCCCAACUGUGGGCGCUGAAUGAGUCCAUUCAGGGCUUUCGGGUGUUUCUGCAGGAGCAGGAGGCCCUUUCGCCACCGUCUCGUUCGCGCACGCCAUCCGACGCCAACUCACUGUCAUCCGAUGAGGAUGAUGGUUCCUAUGCGCCAGUUGCAGCACCGAAGCGAAACCCACAGCCGUCGGCAACCAUUGCCGCACUCUCUUCACCAGCAGCGACUAGUAAUUUGCCCACGAAGUUGGCCACAGGUUCAACCACAUCGCAUGCAUCGACCAGUUCGACAUCUGGAGCAUCUGGCUCGUCUUCGGCAGCGUCCUCUAUGGGCAAGCACCAUCAUCACCAGCAGCAGCAGAUUCCGCAUUAUCAUCGCUCAGCAGCUCCACCAGCGCCGCCGGCCCAGCACAAGGCGCAUCCGCAGUUGCCGCGCAUACUGCAGCAACGCAUGCGGCACGCGCCGCCUCCGCCACCGCCAACGCGACCCAAGGGUGGCGGCGCGAGUAGUAGCAGCAGCAACCAUAGUAUUAGCAGUGUCACGCAGCAGCAGCAGCAACAGCAGCUGCUACAUCAAAACCUACAGCAUCAGAGGCCCCUAUGACAAAACCCAUUCUUGGACUAAGUAUGCUAAACGCGUAUUUGGUUCGAGAAGGCACUAUCGAAAAUAGAUACUACCAUAGCAUUUCUGAAAAGUCAAUUGCACAUUUAUCCAGGAGUCAAUUAGCAAGCAACACCUAAGGCCAGCUGAGGGCGACUUGUGAUCUUUACGGAUGGCUUGCUCGACACAAACAUCCAAGCUCCAUUUCGUUCUGGAUUUUAUAAAAUCGAUGUUGGGCAAACGUCAAGCAACUUUGAAUGGUUAAACUUUUGAAUAGGAAAUUGUAUUCAAUAAUAAUCUUCAAAUAGUCUGGGAUAAAAUCCUUUGAUAAGAACUACAUAAAUUGCAUAUUUAUACAUAUUUAUAAUCUAUUUGUAUAUUACCCGUAAACAUACAACAUAAUUGCUGCUUUGAAAUAGAAACUGCAUCGAACAGAUGAUACGAAAUCAUGCUUGUGGCAGAAGUCUUCGAUCUAAAAUAUCUACAUAACAUUUGCAAUGAUAGCGAACAUAACAAUUUAUUAAAUUAACUAUUGUGCUAAUUGGACAUAUUAUUAAAUGAAAAAAAAAAAAAAAAAAAACAAAACUGUAUAACAAAGCAUACUCACUCAUUAGAAUUAACCAAAUCCUUGCUCGCGGUCUAGCACAUUAAAUCUAUCCAUUUUAAUGUA